AUGUCUGCCAAUAUUAAAAGAUUUUUCCUUCUCAUUACCUUUUUAUUGCUGGUCAACGAGAUCGUUACGAAGUUUGAGUUUACGAAUAUUAAAUGCACUUCCCUGGACACAGAGUUCGAUGACUUUGAGCAUUGCUACCUCAAGUCGGUAAAUCGUACAUAUAAGUACAUGUAUAUAAAAGUCAACUUGUUCCAGACUCCGGUUACCAAAGUGAAAGUAAACUUAUCGUUGAAAAAACGUUUUAGUGGAUACAAACCCUUUCUCUAUAAUGUUACCGUAGAUGCCUGUAAGUUCCUGGAAAAUCCAACUGCUAAUAAAAUCGUUAAUUAUUUUUAUGGAUUCCUAACAACCCACACAAACAUAAACCACACCUGUCCCUUUGAUACCGAUCUCAUCUUCGAUAAAAUAAGCAGCGAGUUUAUUAACCACAGGUUUACGAACAUUUUGCCCUUUCCCGAAGGCGACUAUCUUUUGGAAAGCAAUUGGAUUGCCUAUGACAAAAAUCGAGCUGUUAUAAAGAUUUUCGGCACUCUAUCCUGAAGGUUGGCGCCCCGCACCC